AUGUGUUCAACGUGCCCAGUGUUUAUCCCUCCGCUGCGGCUGCUGACACGCGUUGCUGACACCCGCCAGGCUGGCCUCAGCCUCAGGCACGGAGGAGGCAGCAGGCUGCUGGCGGCCUGCCCGGGGGAAGCCACGCAGCCCGCCUGUGGUCCAGGCGGAGGAGGGGGCGCGCCGCGCGGCCGGACCAGGCCAGGCACCUGUAUCCGGGCUCAGGCACAGCUGCCUUCACCCCCUGCUGGGGACCCCAGUCCCAGCCAUGCUUCCUGUGGCGGGGAGUCCCCGGGCGGCUGCCGUAAGUUCAUCAUCGCCAACGCUCGGGUAGAGAACUGCGCCGUCAUCUACUGCAACGACGGCUUCUGCGAGCUGUGCGGCUACUCGCGGGCCGAGGUGAUGCAACGACCCUGCACCUGCGACUUCCUGCACGGGCCGCGCACGCAGCGCCGCGCUGCCGCGCAGAUCGCGCAGGCACUGCUGGGCGCCGAGGAGCGCAAAGUGGAGAUCGCCUUCUACCGGAAAGAUGGGAGCUGCUUCCUAUGUCUGGUGGAUGUGGUGCCCGUGAAGAACGAGGAUGGGGCUGUCAUCAUGUUCAUCCUCAAUUUCGAGGUGGUGAUGGAGAAGGACAUGGUGGGGUCCCCGGCUCAUGACACCAAUCACCGGGGCCCCCCCACCAGCUGGCUGGCCUCAGGUAAGUGUACUUGCUUUAGGGCAGGCUCAGGGGUUCGUGGUCUCACUUCUCUGGGGCUGUGA